UUUUAAGUGAACGAGUUUCAUUUCACACCGCAACUGUAGGACGGAGAACCUCAGGAACGUUUUCAACCUAUUUCUCUUUUAAACUGUUAGUGGGGAAUUGACUACUAUGAACUGAAUCUCAUCCUAAAGCCAAUCAACAAGUAGCUCAAAGUCAAGUAACGCAUAAGACAGUUGAUUUUUUGUACUGAAUGUAGUACGUUAGAGGAAAUGGCUGUGGAAAGCAUGACUGUCCAUCCAAACUCCCCAACAGCCAACCACGAACACAACAGUCUUCUCACUGACGAAAGGCAAGAAGAGGGAGAACUGGAAGAAGGCGAGUUGGAGGAUGAUGGUGGAGAGGCAGAAGUGCCCAGUGGUGAGGGAGCUGAGCCCCAAGACAAGCCACGUCCUAACAAGGAGCGCCAUGUUAGUGAAUCAGAUGACGAGAAGUCGCAUCGGCGCCGAAAAAAGAGAAAGAGGGAGAGAGAGAGAGAAAAAGAAAAAAGGAGAGCCAAGAAAAAGCGCAAAUCAAAGCACAAGCGCCAUGCGUCGUCCAGCGAUGACCAUUCAGACUUCAGUGACGAUUCGGACUACAGCCCGAGCGAAAAGAGAAAAUACAGGGAAUACAGCCCUCAGUAUCCUCCCUCUGCCCAGGGAGGUUACCCAUCUGCACCCUCUGGUCAUGGAGGUCCCAUGUCAAAGAAAGGCAACUAUAUGAAGAUGGAUAAACAGGGCUAUGGUGGCUAUGAUGACUAUGAGGAGGACAACUAUGAGGGUGAAGAGGAUGAAGAUAUUGGCGAGGACUAUGAUGAUUUCGCCAAGGAACUGAACCAGUACCGCAAGGCCAAAGAGGUUGGCGGUGGACCGCGUGGCAGAGGUGGUAAAAACCGUAUGAAAAAUCAAAGAGGUCGUGGUAGAGGAGGGAUGAGGGGACGUGGUGGGAGAGGAGGAGGUGGAAGAGGAAGAGGACGGGGCAAAAUGGGGGGUGACGAUGAUGGAGAUGGAAUGUAUGGAGAUGACAUGGAGCAAUUUGGAGAUGAUGACUAUGAGAACAUGGGAGAGGAUGACUAUGAUGACUUCUCAAAAGAUCUUAACCCGUACAGAAAAUCAAAAGACAGAGGGCGAGGGGGGAAAGGUGGGCGGGGUCGUGGGCGAGGCAAAGGAGGUCGAGGUAUGAAUCGAGGCAGAGGGAGAAAUCGAGGAAGAGGUCGUGGAGGGGAUCAGGGUCCUGAUGAUGAUAACAGUGGAGAGAUGGAUAUGGGGGAUGGAUCUGGAGGGCCAAGAAGAAAUGAACAGGAGAAACAUGGCCCAGAAAAAAAAGGCAAAGCCAUUUGUAAAUACUAUAUAGAAGGCCGCUGUACAUGGGGUGACCACUGUAACUUCAGUCAUGACAUUGAGCUGCCUAAGAAGAAAGAACUUUGCAAGUUCUACAUCACUGGCUUCUGUGCACGGGCGGAAAACUGUCCCUACAUGCAUGGUGAUUUCCCAUGCAAGCUGUUCCAUACCACAGGCAACUGUGUAAAUGGUGAGGAGUGUAUGUUCUCCCAUGAAUCCUUAACAGAAGAUACUCAAGAGUUGCUUGAUAAGAUGUUGGCAGAGGAUGCAGAAGCAGGUGCAGAGGAUGAGAAGGAGGUGGAGGAACUGAAAAAGCAAGGAAUUAAUCCUCUUCCAAAACCACCUCCUGGUGUCGGUCUUCUCCCAACUCCCCCAAGACCUUCUCCUGGAGAUCCCUCCACACCUGUUGACUUCGGAAUGGCUGCACCUCCUAUGGCCCCCAGUGGUCCACCAGCUCCAGGCCCAGGUACUGGGCCCUGCCCAGGCCCUCCUCCUCCCUGCCCAGAUGGAAACAACUUCCAAGGACCACCAAAUCCCAACGGCCCUCCACCACCCAUGGGUCCACCACCUCCUUGUGGGGGUAAUGCAGGCAAGAAGAUUCCCUCUUUGUUUGAGAUUGUGGUAAAGCCCACGGGACAGCUGGCACAAAAGCUGGGUGUUAGAGGACCAGGCCCUGGUGCUGCUCCUACAGGAGCCGCGGGACCUCAGGGCCAUCCUGCAGGUCCCCCUGGUGCACCUCCACCACGUUUCCCUGGUCCACCACCAGGACACAUGGGUCCUCAUGAUAUGCCUCCUAUGGGCCCACCUAACAUGAAUCAAGGCCCUCCAUCAGGGCCACCAAUGAUGCAGAACUUUGGCCAGGGAGAUGGACCACCAAACCAGGGAAUGAUGCCUCCAGGGGGUGGAUCUGGAGCCAGCUUCUAUGAUAAUUUCUACCAGCAACAGCAAACAAUGGCAAUGGAUGGAGGUGGAAGAGAGGGUGACGGUUUUCAAGGAGCAAGUGGUGGAAACUUCAAUGAUCAGCCAUCCGGGAACCAGAACACUGGCAGCAUGGAGGGUAUAGCUAAUGUAGGUCCAUCUAAUCAGUCUGGGAUGGCAGUGCCAGAUUUCCUGCCUCCAGCACAGCGUGUGCUGUUUAUGAGACUCCAGCAGAAACAGCAGGAGGAUGAGGAGAGAGCCAAGAGGUUGGCUGAAGGUGGAGGAGCAGAGAGAGAGAAUGAAGGAGAUUCAGCAAACUGGUAUUCCAGUGAAGAUGAGGAUGGUGGUGGCAGUGUCACAUCUAUUCUAAAAACCUUGCGGCAGCAGACCCAAGGCCCCCCCAAACCUGACGCAGUUAACAGUGACCCUCGUCUGCACAAAUCUCAUCCUGCACCGGCACCCAGUCGACCAGCAGACCCCCGGCUAGCACGAGACCCUCGUCUAUCCCGGAGCACAGACUCUUCUCAGGCCCCUGAGGCCAGUGCUGCUUCUUCUCUAUCCCCCACCCCGUCAGACCCACGUCUUGCUCGGCUUGCACCCGCACACACGCCUAAACCAGAGCCCCCUCUUAUGUAUAAGCCCCCGCCCCUGACCGCCCCAGCUAGCAAUGAGGAAGAGGAGACUGAGAGGAUUCUGAGGGACAAGCCAGUGCCCAUCCCCCUCGACCCUUUAAUGGGUAUGGCACUGCGUGAUCCUCGUUCCCAACUACAGCAAUUCAGCCACAUCAAAAAAGAUGUAAUCCUGACUAGGCCUUCAUUUGCCAAGGCAGUGCUAUGGAGUCCUGAAGACCUCAUCCCUAUCCCUAUUCCCAAACAGGACUUACUCCCACUGCCCCCUGGCAUCCCUCCGGUUACUGCCAUAGACCCCCGGCUGUCCCGCACACCUCCCCAGCACCAUACGACCCUGCCUCCUUCGCUACCGCCUUCAGCUCCCUCUGCCGAGCAGUCUAAUCAGCCCUCCUCUUCCCUCCCAGACUUUGAGCUGCUCUCACGCAUCCUAAAAACUGUGAACGCCUCGUCAUCCAGCCCUCAAGCAGCUCCUACAGGAAUGUCAUCGCCUCCGUCCGCUUCUGCCGAGAAGCCCAUUGAUCCACGUAUGGCACGAAAAGCUCCCGCUGACCCCCGACUCCAGCCGCAAAAAUCUGCCCUCAAAGCCACCUCAGAAACACCUGCUCCUCAAGUCUCUCCCCCAGCGGCUUCCUUAUCUCCAACAUCUUCCUCCCCAACCAUUGCGCCCUACGACCCUCGGCUUUUAUCAGCAGGAGGGUCGGUUCGAGGUGUCGGAGGUGGUGGCGGUGGAGGUAGUGGCAGCAGCAGUAGUGUGCUAAGUGGCAUUAGUCUUUACGACCCACGGGCACAGGGCUCAGACAAGCCCGACGGCUCGGGGGCCGCAAGUCCUCCCUCUGAGUCCAAGUCGAGCGACGGUCAGACGACUUCAACUAAACCCAAAGCAAAAGAGCCGCUAUUUGUGCGCAAAUCUGCACUGGACCAGCCAGAACCUGAGAAGAGCACUACAGAGCAGACUACAGAUCGCUACAACAGCUACAACCGCCCUCGACCCAAACCGUCUCCAUCACCCAAUUCAGGGGCUGCAGCUGGGUCGCCUGCAACAGGCGGCCAAUCCGCAGCUGGACAGGGACCUGCCGGAGCUGCAGAGCAGCCCGCAGGGGUACACAACCUUCCCGUAUCCACGUUGUUCACAAUGGUAAAGCAGGUCAGCAAACCCAGCGGCACUGGCAGCCCAUUUGGUGGCAAUAGCCCCGCCCAACCUGAUGUGACUGAACAGGACAAUGCUUCUUUAAAAGACGUUUUUAAAGGCUUUGACCCCACAGCAUCACCAUUUUGCCAGUAAACUCUCUCUUAACUGUUCACUUCUAUUAUUGUGUCAACCACAAGGACUUAAGUGAUGAGAUAUCCACCCCAUCAGGUCACAUACCACACCACAGUAUUCACAUACAGAUUUCUAUCGAUAGGGUUUAUGUCUGUAAUAGUGAUAACGGUAAAUGAAAGCUAAAUGUCUAUUUUAAAACCAAAUCGGAGAUGUUUAAAUAAAUGUAAAUUUUAAGGACCUCUAUAGAUGUAUACAUCAAGAGAUACUUUGAAGUACAUUGAUUUUGGCUUUAUGAAAGAGAAGCAUUUUCAUCAGCCUAUACCAAACAGGUUUGUUGGAUAGUGACCCAUUUACCCCAUCCCAUCAUUUCUGCUUGAGUUAAAUCAUAAGCUUGGCCAGUGUGAUGAAUUCAUCGGUCCACCGGAUUAAAAUGUGGUAAUGGAGAAAUCGUUCACUGCCACUCCCUCCACCACAUGCAACUCAUUUCUGAAGCAGUUCACUGGCACCGUUCCCCAGUGAUUUAGAGCCUUUUAAGAAAUUUUAGCUUUGUUUUCUUUCACUGCUUAGUUUAGGUGACUCCUCCAUGUCUGUAUGAAUGCCCUUAUAUUCCUAAUGCUUAAGAUUUGUGUUUAGUCUGUUGAUACCACUCCACUUCGUUCAUCAGAUUGUUCACUUGAGACCCACCUUUGUAAGUGUUUGUGUCCCAUGAGAUCAUUUUAAUUUAUUUUUUAUACUGAAGCGGUCGUUUCUCUUUUUCUUUGUAAUGUGGCUGUCAAAUUCAAACAUUUUAUGAAUGUGUAUAUAUAUAUAAAUAUAAAUAUAUAUAUACAUAUGUGUAUAGUACAUAUUCUUCCCAUUUGGAUUGUAAAUUAACUUGAACUGUGCAACAGAUGAUGUUGGAAAAUAUAUCAUGUCAUUUUCUUUUGUUCACACAGGAAGAUUCUAGCUCACUCACUAUUUCCCUGAAAUAGAUUUGUCAAGGACUGCUCAUAAGUAUCUGCUUUUGUUUUUUUGGGUUGCCUCACUGCAAAAUGAUGGCUUUGUAUAUUGAAAAGUGUCCAUAUUUGGCUAAAGGUAACAUUUUGUAACCAUUCAUUGUAGGUGAAGUUGUGAAGUAUUUAAUAAAGGCAAUACCAGAUUGAAAACAA